AUGCGCAGCCCAAUCUGCCUCUUCCCGGCCGCGCCGCCCGCGGGGUCCGCGAAAAACGAUGGGGCGAUUUGUUGUCUCGCCAACCUGCGCAUCGUGCGUGGCCCACGCGUCGUCGCUGUCCGCCGUGAAGCGGGCCGCCCACCCAUCGACUCGCACCGAUUCCGGCAGCGUCACGCCCGGGGCGGCGGAAGCGGCAGCUUCACCGACGGCCUCCUCCACCCGAGCGCCGCGGUACCGCCGGCACGCGGAAAACCCGUUUGUCAAACGCCGAACCACCAAAGUUGCGCCCCCAAAUGCUGCAGGCCGUGCGACCUCCCAGACGGGGCGGGUCCGGAGGAAACAAUGCGACCGCGGCCUUCUCGAGUGAACCGCUCUUCCUUGCGGGGGCCGGUGAGGGCGCCGAUCCCCGCCUGGAGAAAUGCGGAGGCGGCAAACCAAAAUGUCGAAAAUGAAUUUAAACAAAAACGCCUGCACUCUUUCACAGCAAAAUGUGUUUCAAAGAGAACACGCAAUGCAACUUGCCCCUCCUUCAACCGCUUCUCCGGGGGGGUCCGCUUCUUACGCCAAAGAACCGCCGACAUUCCGCCGAGCGAUCCGCAGAACAGGACCCGGAUUCAAUUCCGCGUCUCCGCGCACAGCCGGAGAAGCUGCCGCUGA